UGGAUGGGAACAUACCCUCGGCUGUCUUUUCUGCCAUCGGAGGCCCCUGUAUAGGCUCAGUGGUGCUCCCAAUCUACUGGGCUCGCCUGCACAAGAGCGGCCUCCUCCUGGGCCUCCUGGGUGGUCCAAUAAUCGCUCUGCUGGCUUGGGUUACUCAGGCUAUGACAAUGGAGGACGAAUUGUUGACCAAUCUUGGUAA